AUGCAUCUUGUAGUUUUUCAUCAUCUACUUGGCUUUUUUGGUGCUCUUGUUAACAUCCAUACAGACACCUUGAAUGAGUCUGGAUUUGUAGAGCAUACAAUUGCUGCAUUUAAAGGAAGAACUAUCCAUACUUACCACAGUGAAGGUGCAGGUGGGGGCCAUGCUCCAGAUAUAAUCAAAGUCCGUGGCGUGAAAAAUGUAUUACCGUCAUCAACGAAUCCCACGCGGCCUCUCACCUCAAAUACUAUAGAUGAGCAUCUUGAUAUGCUGAUGGUUUGCCAUCACCUUGACAAGGACAUUCCAGAAGAUGUAGCUUUUGCUGAAUCAAGAAUAAGGGCUGAAACAAUUGCCGCAGAAGAUAUUUUGCACGAUAUGGGGGCAAUUAGCAUUGUAUCUUCUGAUUCACAGCUUAUGGGUCGCAUCGGAGAGGUUCUUACUACCUUCACCUUAUGCAUUCUGGUUCUUCCUGAUCAUAGAAAACUUUUAUAA